AGGAGUUGGACUUCCUACUGCUGGUCAUCAGGAAACUGCUCUUCUCCAACUCGCGCCGCGUCAGGGUGAUCCUGAUGUCUGCCACCAUCAACUGUAAGGAGUUUGCGGAGUACUUUGGCACUCCUCUGCGUAACCAGGUAAAUCCUGCCUUCAUCUUCGAAGUGGAGGGGGCUCCCUACGCCAUUGAGCAGUUCUACCUGGAUGACCUGCGAGGACUCAUACCCAUUGCGUCAGUACCACUGCACUGGGAUGAACCAGGCAUCAGUCCCCAGAUGUACAACAUUGCAAUCAGCCUGAUUGAAAGCUUCGACACCUUGGAAGACCAGGACCAUAGCCCUAAGGAGGUGAGCAAAGGUGUGGUGAAUCUGCCAGUAAGGGGCAGCGUGCUGGUCUUCCUCCCGGGCCUCGCUGAGAUACAGUACAUGCAGGAUGCCCUCUCCAAACUCGGACGCAGAAGCGUGGCGAUAAGCGCUCCCCACGGCAAGCCGCCCCUCCACGCCAAUAGUAAAUAUCCUGGCUUCCCCACUGCCCCAGGAUUUCCAACCAUCCAGACAGACACCCAUCGCACCUCCUACUCGCAGAUGCACCACAUGUCCGCUCUCCCAGUCCAGGCUCAACAUGACAAUUG